AUGGGAGCAUCACAUUCCAAUGUCCAGACACUUCCCAAUGAGCCAUCAUUUUCAUUCUCCGCAUUUGAAGAUACUUUCCCCUCCCUCUUCGAAUCUGUUGAUGGUGGACCGCAUCAAUUUUAUUGGAACCCUAGCGAUAGCGACCUAUUGAGUGCUUUCUGGGACCCCCCUACCUCGGAAGCGGAACACUGGUUUUACGAUAUUGAUCACUCUGAUUUUGAUUCUGUCAAUCAGACAGGACUUUCGUCGGAUGAGCUCCGAAUCGAGAGCUCUGUUGGCUGGAUUCAAGAUCAUUUUCGCCGGCGAUCGCACAGUUCCAGCCCUUUGACAAACGAGGCGAAAAAACUGUGGUACUCUGCUCCUCCACGGCUACAACUUUACGAUAAAGAAGUGUUGAAUGUACUUCUCAAUAUUGCACGCCGACACGUGGCUACUACGUUCAAACUCUUCGCAGACUUCGAAGCGAAGACUAACACAAGUCAUGAGUUGUGUCUAGCUAUGGCCGCCAUUGGCGCAUUAUUCUUGGGAGUAGACUGCGGCAUUACGGUCGCGAAAACGCUAUACAACGACGCCAGAAGAAUUCAUUUCGAGAAUUUUCAUUCCAAUGGCGUGAAAUCAUCUUUUCAAGCAGCCUCAAGUUCUGUUAAAACAUUCAUUCUACUCACCAUCUAUGGUAUCAGCAGUGGUGACAAAAGGAGCUACGAGUUCGUCGAGGCCUUUCAUGUCAGUAUGAUACAAGCUAUGAGAUACUGCUGUCAGUUUGUACCAACGGAGCUGACGCUGGCGGAGACUGAAGAGCUUUCACUCAUUUCAGAAGCCAUGGAAAUCAUUCAAUGCUACAAUGUACUCCUGCUGCAGCGGCCACCACAAUUAUCGCCAAUACACCUUCUAGAAUCAAUGAUGACGACCUCCACAGUUGGUCUGGGCCCGCUGUUUGAUUGUUCUCACGAGGCUGAAAGGGUCACUGGCAGUAUUCGCGAGGUCGCGAAUCUUGGUGCAUAUACCUGGGCAUCAAAUCUGAGAGGCCAAGAACAAACACGACAGUGGCAGUUGUGGCGCCCAGAGCUGAUAGAACUUGGUCUAGAACGAUGGCUAAAGGCGAAAAGACUAUGUCCGACUACCACGGACCUAUCUUCAAUGACUCUUUAUCACAUGAGUUAUCUGCAGCUCAAUGUCAACCUGGGGCUCCUUCAGCUGUUUGCAUGCGGGUUUGCCACAGACCCAAAGGUGACCAAGGAGGGAAAUUUCCAUGAGGGGCUGAAAACCUGUACGAGUGGUCGCUCCUUCGAAGCAGCCCUCUGGCAUGCGAAAACCAUGAUACAAGAGAUUAAGGGCGAGCUUGAGGUCGUUGAACCAGACCGGUCGAACCUUGGUAUCAGCAAGCGACGGAUUCUUGAACCUCCUCAUCUGGCCUAUUGCAUAUAUUUCAGUAUCCUCGUUGUGUGGUGCGGCGAAUGUGUAUCCACAGGCUUGCUUUCACUUGCUCGAGAUUCCUGCAUCAAAGAUGGCAUACAGAUCUUGGACAUGCUCAAAAUACGUGUAGCUAAGGUGCUCAGGCGUGCUCUAUGCGAGCUUCUGCAAGACGCGCUCAACUGUUUGCCACCAGCGAGCAUAUCAGAGGAAGGCAGGGUGAAAACUGCCAGAUAA